GUCAAUCCGAGCUCGUCCCGGCCUCACCAGCGCCAUGCUGGGCUCGCGAGCCGCGGGGUUCGCGCGGGGCCUGCGGGCUGUGGCACUGGCGUGGCUGCCGGGCUGGCGGGGCCGCUCCUUCGCCCUGGCGCGUACGGCAGGCGCGCCCCACAGUGGGGACUUGCAGCCCCCCGCCUGUCCCGAGCCGCGCGGGCGCCAGCUCAGUUUGUCCGCGGCGGCGGUGGUGGACUCUGCGCCCCGCCCCCUGCAGCCGUACUUGCGCCUCAUGCGGUUGGACAAGCCCAUUGGUGAGUGCGGGCGGGCGGGCAGCCCGGGAAUUUGCAAGUAGCAGCCUCCGAGUCGGCUCCGCGGAGCUGUCCGCGGCGGCCGGCCGGGGCGUGAUGGAAAUGAGAACCUGAAAGCUUGGGCUUGGCUGCCGGGUGCCGUGCGCCCUGGGGCGAAUCACCUCGGGACACUUUGAAAUGAGAGCCUGAAAGCUUGAGCUUGGCUGCCGGCUGCCGUGCGCCCUGGGGCGAGUCACCUCAGGACACGCAGUCGGGACAGUCUCCUAAAGGACCCGCCAGUUUCACGUCUUUCUGCAUCCUGAGCACCUGAAGCGGGCAAGAUAAUUCUCAUUCCACAAACACUUGUUUAAAUGGUGACUCAAGCGGAAGGUUCCGUUCUCGUGGCCCUCCUUCAUUUAUUAGAAUGUUUGAUCCUCCCCGCAAUCUUGUAAGGCCCACAAAGACAAUCCUUAAGACAGUUAAGACGCUGAGGAAACUAAGGCUCCUCGUCAGAGCCAGACCAGAAGAACUCUGUGUUUUGAUGCUGAGUCGGAGCUCUUUUACCUGCAUCACCCAUAAGGCAAAGAUUUAAUUCAUUUGAACGCAGCAGGGACAGCACUUACGGACUGCCUGUCAGCUGACAAUCGCCCCCGACAGAAAGAUUUUCCUGACCUUCCUAUUUUAAUUAACACCUACCAACCUCACUUUCUAUCGCUUUAUCCGCAAUUUUUCUUAAUAGCACUCACCACUAACUAACCUUAUGCGCUUGUUGAUUGAUUGGCUUCUCCAGUAGUGUUAAGUGAAUUAAUAAGUUCCUACUACGUUGUCCGGCCAUAGAGAUAGAAAAAGCUAUGGAAACCCUUUGCUUUCAAGGAACUCUGGUCUAGUUGAAAAAGACUAUUUGGUGAGCUAGGAAAAUAUGGAUCAAAUAUGAGUGAUACAAAAGCAAGUGCUACAGGAAAAAGAGAAAUUACUGUGGAUCCCUUGCUGGAAAGUUUCGAGAAGAAAUUAUACUCCAAAGGACAAGUUGAUUUUGCAGAGGAGGGAAGAGAUCUUAGUGCGGGAAGUACUUUUGCAAAGACCCAAGGGUGGAGUGUUAGAACACUAAGAAUACAAGCCUGACCUGGAACACCAAGUGGGUGUGGAAAAUGGGAAACGAGACUAGACAAGAACGUAUCUGAAGAAGCUGGAUAGCGUGGAGGAAGAAGUGAAGGAUGAACUCCAGCCAAUCUAGAUGAUGACAUUUGCCAUUGCAGUGUAUGGAGAUGUAGUCAAAGGCCUAGGAACCUGGCUUCUGUAUUUACCAUGUACCUGGAGCAUUGGUUUGGCAGCUGAACCAGGUUGUUUUCCAGAUUGGUACAUGCUCUCCCUCUUUGGCACUGGAGCUAUUCUGAUGCGUGGAGCAGGCUGUACUAUUAAUGACAUGUGGGACCAGGACUAUGAUAAAAAGGUUACAAGAACAGCCAAUCGUCCAAUAGCCGCUGGAGACAUUUCAACUUUUCAGUCCUUUGUUUUUCUUGGGGGACAGCUAACCCUGGCACUGGGUGUUCUUCUGUGUCUAAAUUACUACAGUAUAGCUCUGGGAGCAGGAUCCUUACUUCUUGUCAUCACCUACCCACUAAUGAAAAGAAUUUCAUACUGGCCUCAACUAGCCUUGGGCUUGACAUUUAAUUGGGGAGCAUUACUUGGAUGGUCUGCUAUCAAGGGUUCCUGUGAUCCAUCUGUUUGCCUGCCUCUUUAUUUUUCUGGAGUUAUGUGGACACUAAUAUAUGAUACUAUUUAUGCCCAUCAGGACAAAAGAGAUGAUGUUUUGAUUGGUCUUAAGUCAACGGCUUUGCGGUUCGGAGAAAAUACCAAGCCGUGGCUCAGCGGCUUCAGUGUUGCAAUGCUGGGGGCACUGAGCCUAGUGGGUGUGAACAGUGGACAGACUGCUCCCUACUACGCUGCCCUGGGUGCUGUAGGAGCCCAUCUGACUCACCAGAUACGACCCUAUAUUUUAAAAUGCUUAAAACAUCUUAACCCAUUGCACUGGUUCCAAUUAAAGAAGGAGCACUUGGUGGGUGCCAGUGGAGCAGGAGCUGUGAAUGCCAGUCACAGCCACAGCUUGCCAGGGUUGGAAUCUGCUUUAACACCUAUCAGUUGGUUGAUCUUGGGCAAGUUCCCUGACCUCUCUGUGGCUCACUCGGGGAUAAUCAUAAUACCUUUCUCAUGCAUUUCAAAAUUUUCUGUCUUCCCCUGCGAAUGGAGAUUUCAUGUACACCCUCCACCCUCUGGGUGCCAGUGGAGCAGGAACUAAGAACGCUAUCAUGACGACAGCUUGCCAGGGUUGGAAUCUGCUGUAACACCUGCCUACCAGUUGGGUGAUCUUGGGAAAGUUCCCUGACCUCUCCGUGGCUCAAAUACUCAAAUAGGUAUAAUCCUAAUACCUUUCUCAUGGAUUUAAAAAUUCUCUGUCUUCCCUUGCGAGAAUGGAGACUUCAUGAUAAGUGGGACCUUGUUUGUCUUAUUCAUUGAAAUGUCCCCAAUAUACCACACUGUAAGCACUCAGUAAACAUUUGUAAUUUUUGUA